AUGCUGCCCGCACCGAGUCUCGUUAGAAACCCUUCCCAGUACGAUGAUACCGCGUCCAGUGUGGACAACCUGCAGGACAUAUACCGAGCUAUCGCCCUUGACGAGCUUCGGGAAACGCCACAGGUCAAGGAGCAGGCGCUCGCUCAACUGAGGGACUGGAUAGCCAAACAUCCUGCCAUCAAGUCCUGCCGAACGGAUGCAGGAUUCCUGUUGAAGUUUCUGCGCGUGCGAAAGUAUGGCCACGUGACCACGUGCGAGAAUCUGGAACGCUAUCUUGUCAUGCGACAGUCGAUUCCUCGAUGGUUCGGUAAAUUGGACACCUCCGAGCCGUGGGUCAGUGAUGUAAUCGACGCGGGGCCAAUUCUUCCGCUUGGGUACGAUCCGAACGGAAAGCUUCUGACGUUAGUCAAAAUAGGGUACUUUGACCCAAAGAAGUACAGCAACCAACACUUCGUGAGAUUUUGGACGAUGAUACUGGAUAGCUACCAGGAGGAAGCCGAGAUGCAGAUUGCCGGCGGAUCGGCAGUGUUCGAUAUGGAGGGAUUCACGAUGGCUCAUAUUGCCCAAUGGCCUGUAACCGAUUUGCACAGGUACGUGAGCUAUAUGAUAAAUACGACACCCAUGCGCAUCAAGGGCAUUCAUUUGGUAAACAUUCCCAAGUAUGCAGUGUCAUUUGCGGAGCUCAUAAUAAGUUUCUUCAACGCGAAGCAGAAAAGUCGUACCCAUUUCCACAAAUCGUUUGAUGAGUACACAAAGUGCUACGACGCAACGGUUCUGCCGAAAGAGUACGACGCCCGAGGAAGGUUUACCCUGGAUGAGUUGAAGGAUCAACUGCGGAAACGGUUAGCUCGCUAUAGGGAUGUGAUAUACGAGCAGAGCACGACGGAAAUCGAUCAAACCAUGUGCAAACCAUUGCAGAAGCAGGACGUUGAACAUGACACCGGGUUUGGAGUAGAUGGCAGCUUCCGAAAGUUGAAUUUGGAUUGAUUUGGGUGCUUCGACUACAUCAAAUCGUACAUACGUUUUAUAAUACCAAGUGACGUACAUAUUCUUUUUACUAAUAAUGACAAAUUUAACGUAAUCUAGGUAGCAAGUAAUGAAGGCAAAAGUG